AUGGUGUCAGCCACCAAACUAGAAGGUGGAUAUUGUUUUCACAGCAAGAACUCUCCUCUGGAUCAACCUGAAGGUGUGAAGAUACAUCUUUACCGUCUUGGUAUAGAACAGCGUGAACACGAUGCCCUCAAAAGCUUUGCAUAUGCUGGUCAAGGCAGCCCAAGUUUACUUGAUACACUCAUUCUUUCUCAGUGGGAGAACUUUGCCCAGAAGGGCCACAUGGGAUAUGAUGUUACUGCUUGUGAACUUAAGGUCAUUGAAGGUCAAAGGGAUUUUGUUAUUCAGAUGAAUGAUAAAUGGAAUACAUUUCCCCUCAAGAAACAUGACAAGUUCGGCCAUCCUUUUGGAUGCUUGAAGCCAAAUUCUGCUAAAAGCUAUGAGGAAUUACUUUUGUGCAUUGCAGAAGGAGAAGAUACUGAACCGGAGGUUGUUCCUUCAACUACACCCCCAAACAAUGGGGUACUGCUGAUUGCGAAUGCAUAUCCUGUUGAAUAUGGUCACAUUUUCUUGGUCCCAAAUUCAACUAAUCAGCUAUCUUCCUUUUGGGAUAAAAGGAUGUUUGGGCUGAUUACAAAGAUUGCCUCUGAAGUAAACAGUACAGCAUUCCGGGUUUUCUUUGAUGAUGGUACAUCUAUUGUGCCAAAGCACAUGUUUUUUCAGGCCUGUUACUUUGCUAAUCCUUUACCAGUGGAGUCUGCCUCAACUGUUGCAUUAUAUGAUGGGGCAACCAGAUCAGGCAUUUGUGUGUCUGAAAUAGUUGAUUACCCUCUAAAAGCACUUGUGUUCACCAGCACCAAUGUAAAUGCACUUGUCGAUGUAGUCAGUGAAGCAUGUUUAGCUUUGCAUGAGAAAAAUACUGUGCACAGCCUAAUGAUGUCCAACAAUGGCAGAAAUGUUUUCUUAUUCCCCCAGGUGAAAAAUCUGGUCACUGGCUGCUAUCUUUCUGCCUGGGAGUGCUGCGGCUACUUUGUUUAUCAAACCAAAGUUGAUUUUGACCGAGCUUCUGAGACCGGAAUUUCCAAUAGGAUGGCUUCGUUCUCGUUCCAAGAUGGUGAAUUUGAAGACCUGAAGAAACUCUGCUGUGCUAUAGCUGAUGACCUCGUUACCUAA